AUGGGCACGGGGCAAGAGGACAGUUGUUCCUCGAACGGCACCGCCUCCAGCCGAUCGCACUGCUGCUUCGGCUUGUUCAUGGUGCAGUCGACGUUCGUGUCGUUCGUAGUGCUCGACUUGCUACUGCUUUCACAUUCGCUGAUCUUCACAAUAACGAACUUGAUUGGUGGAGAUGAUAAGUAUACGACGAGUAACAGCAUGUUGAGUGCGGUGGCGCCGUUCAACAUGCUCAUGCCAUUGAUGGCAAUACAGGUGAGAAACGGGGCACUGAAAAAACAAAAUUUUUUUAUUAAUUUUCAGUUAAAAAUUUUUUGAAUCUUUGCAAAUUUUUUGAAAAAAAAAUUUCAAUUCUUUUAUCAGAAUACUGUCUAUAAUCGAGACUACUUUAUUAAAUAUUGUUUUAAAACGUUUACAAAUACUUUCUUGGUCAUUUGCACACCUAUAUUACAAAUUUCAAUACUUGCAACAGAAUGCCAAAAAUUUAAAAAAUUUUUUAAUUCCGAUGUUUCCACAAAAAAAUCCUAAAAAACGCUUUUCAGAUAGUCUGGCUGUCCACCUGCCUAGCGGCGGUCGUAUCACUGAAGACGGUCCUGCCAUAUCUUCAACUCCCCUACCUCCUCUGUUCGGGUCUUGUUCUGGCCACACUGGUUUGGCUGAUUGUCCGGGUGUCCGCAUUGCUGGUCGAGACCGAGGUUGUGACCUGGACGAUGGUCGUAUUACUCAGCUCGUUGAACCUGAUUUUCCUGGAACAACUCUACUUUUUGUAUGUGAAAAUGGUCUGCUUCAAAAUGCUGAUCCGCAAACGGAAGGUGAGAUUUUGAAAUUUGCGAUUUUGGGGUUCAGGGAAUUUCAUGUUUGAAGGAGGAGUUGGAAAUUGCUUAUUGUUAGUUGCUAGUCCGUAUGCAAAGCUUUUAUUUUCGUUUCCACUCCACAGUCUUUUUAUUUUCAGCUAGUCAGCACGAUGGAGCGGAACCUCGGGAAGUUCGGCCUGGGCUCACUCCCAAACAACGAUCAAUUUGAUACAUAUAGCACAAAGUCAACGGUUAUCGUAACGGAUGACUAUUUGAAUCGAGUGCCUUGA